CCACCACGCUUCUUCUCCUCGCCAAUACUUCCAUUCUUUCCCAACUUCAUACAAUCGUUGCAACCCACCAGCAAUAUGCAUUUCACGCAUCUUAUCAUUUCAGGGCUUCUGUGGGCCUCUAUCAUCUCUGCUCAUCCGGGGCAUGACAUUUCUCAGGAAAUCGCAGAGCGAAAAGACUUUCUGGGCUCUGUAAAACGCUCUGAUCUUAGUCACUGCGCCAACAAGCUGAAGGCCCGUGGGAACCACAAACGCAACGUUGCUCGUCGCGUGGCUGCCCUCCAAAAAGCACAAGCUAAACGCGGUCUGGCGAAGCGCGACCUUGACACCGUCCUCACUACCAGCCAUAAUGCCACCUCGCAAGGAUUUACCUUGAACACAGACCCUGCUACUCUUUUCAAAGGCAACCGCUCUUGCGUCUUGACCCCCGAAGUCACACAGGGUCCCUAUUAUGUCGGUGGAGAGUGGAUCCGCAGCAAUCUGGUAGAAGAUCAGGAAGGUGUGCCUACUCUAGUUGACUACCAAGUUAUCGACGUCGACACCUGUGAGCCGGUCACCAACGUUUACCUUGAGAUGUGGCACUGCAACUCAACUGGUGUAUAUUCUGGUAUUGUCUCGCAAGGCAAUGGCGACUCCUCUGACGAGGCUAAUAUCGAUAAGACUUGGCUACGUGGUAUCCAGAAGACCGAUGGUGACGGUGUUGCGCAGUUUGAGACCACUUUCCCUGGUCACUAUACCUCUCGCGCCACCCACAUUCAUCUUAUGGUACAUACCAAUGCUACUUUAUAUGUUAACGGCACUUUGGGCAACAACGUUUCCUCUAGCCAUGUCGGCCAAGCGUUUUUCGAUCAGAACCUUAUAUCUGCCGUGGAACUUACCGCGCCUUAUAACACCAACACCCAGGAACUCACUGCCAAUGCUGACGACAGCAUCCUCAGUGAGGAGAGUAACUCUGGAAUUGACCCCUUUCACGAAUAUACUCUGCUUGGUAGCGACAUUACCGAUGGUAUCUUUGCUUGGAUGGCAUUUGGUAUCAAUACCACCCAAGUUUCAUCUGUCACUCCUGCUGCAUACUACUACGCCGAGGGCGGUGUUGUAAACGCUGACUCUGGGGGAAUGGGUAGUGGCUCUGGUGGCCCUGGUGGCGCUCCACCUAACGGCAGUGCUUCCACCACAGCUCCUACUAGUGGCUAG